CACAAUAGUCACCAUGUUGUCCGCGGAAGGACCCUUCAUGAUUCCAACAUGGCGGCGUCCAUACGGGUGUGCGGUGUCCUCCGCGUUACAUUAGGAGGUGCGGCAUCACUUCGAACUGCAGUGGGAUUGUUUCAAGUUUCUCAAGUUUCGAGCCGAGCUUCAGCUGCUUCUCUGCCGAGAAACCUCACAUUUCCAUCAACAACAUGGCAGCAGACCAGACAGGGCAGCUUCUUCAACAAGUUGACAGCAGAGGAGUUGUGGAGGGGUGUUCUGGCAGAAUCCGGCGCCGGCGCCAGGAAGGGCAGAGGGAAGCGAACAAAACGCAAACUGAAGAGAGACCUGAACCGAGGACAGUUUAUUGGCGAAGGUCGUGGUGGUUUUCUGUGGCCUGGCCUGAAUGCUCCCGUGCUUAAGGAAGGUUCUGUGCAGAGCGUGAGCCGAAGAAGUGAGGUGGAGCAACAGGAAGUCCAAGCUGAAUUAGUGCGUCAGAGGGAUGAGUGGGAAAAAAAGAAGAGGAUGAAGGUGAAGAGGCAGAGAGGUUGGACGGGGAACUCCUGGGGCGGCAUCAGCCUGGGCCCACCUGACCCUGGACCCAAUGGAGAAACAUUUGAGGACUUUGAUUCUCGUGUCAUUGAGGUGAAGAGUGUAUUCAAUAUGACUGCCAAAGAGGGCAGGAAGAGGUCCAUCAGCUGUCUGGUUGCCGUGGGAAAUGGAAACGGAGCUGCAGGCUUUGCGUUGGGUAAAGCAGCAGACCGAAACACAGCUAUGAGGAAGGCCAAGAACCGAGCCAUCCACUAUUUGUACUAUAUAGAACGGUACAACAACCAAACCAUUUAUCAUGACAUCCAGUCCAAGUUCAAGAGGACAACUCUGCAUAUGAAGAAACAGAAUGAAGGCUACGGUCUGCACUGCCACCGGGCCGUCAUCACUCUGUGCAAGCUGAUCGGCAUCAAGGACAUGUACUGCAAAGUGGAGGGAUCGGUAAAUCUCCUCAACAUUACUCGAGCCCUCUUCACCGGACUGGCCAAGCAGGAGACUCAUCAGAUGCUGGCCGACAAGAAGCAUCUCCAUGUAGUGGAGUUCCAGGCGCAUCGAGGUCCGCUGCCCAUGGUUGUGGCAAGUCCUAAAGAUGGCGUGCGUCCCAACCCAGAGUCUGACGAUGAGAUCCCCAGCACCAAGCUGCACUGGGACGAUGUUCGAGCUUCACAGGGGUAUAAACGCUCCAUCUGGGCAGGAGUCAAACGCACCAUCUGGUAGUGCAAACAUCCAGACUGUGAGCUGUCAGAAACCAGGAGCAAACAGCUGAAAUGCUUUUUGUUUGUUGCUCUUUUCAGAGUCGGUUCACUUUGGGAAUGUCUGAAUGUCCUGUGCGCUGUUGUUAUAAUUCAUUAUUCUCAUUUACUUGCAUCAACCAAAAUUCUAAUAAUUAGCAAAAAUCGUAGAGUUCUUGCUCCAUGUGUUUUUUUUUUUUUUUUUUUGCAAAAAAUAAAGUAUAAUUUAUAAUCCAGUGGUUGUUUAUUUCUUUCUCUUAGAAGAUAAAUCACGUCUCUGUUACAAAUUUUGCAGGACGUGGGUUUAAUAUUUGGGGUGCCAAAUUUUCCUGCUUAUAAUUAUCUCAAAUGUUUAAGCAAAUUCAGAAGUGCUCAUAAAUCGCACUAGGGGCUGGUUCCAGAAAGGAGCAAGUUCCCAUUGACUCCCAUGUUAAAAAUGCCAACAGCCUGGUACAAAAAGCCACUGCUAUACAAGUGCAAGUCAUUUAUCACUGUCAAUUUGUUUAACUCACGUGUUCAGAUGUAAAUAAAGGGGCGUGUUCUUUGACAGGUGUCAGAUGAGCCAUCAGCAGCUUGCUCAGAUGAAGGUAGCAGAGUCUCAACCAUGGUUUUCUGGCUGAAAGCAUCUGCUAACCUGCAUUAGUUUUGGUUAGCUCUGGAUUAGCUCAGUUAGCUCAUAGCUACUUUGGUUCAGAGUCUGAUGAGUAUCAGUCAUUUGCCCCCACUCUGCACCACCUCUUUGCCCAUUUUUGUAUUUUCUGGGAGUGAUGAGACACGUGGCGUGGCCAAGAUGGUGGUGGAGGGAACUGCCCACUGGGCUUCAAUGCAGCUCUUCAAAAACCCACAGGUUAUGUGAUGAAGGUUCCAUCCAUUUUAUUUAUACAGUUUGUAAUUUUCACUCUGAAAUUGUCACAGGUUAAUUUUUUUUCAACAAAAAAAAAUCUAUUUACUUCUGGAUCUUUCUUCACAAAUACGUUUACUUUGACAGAAAGUUGUGUGCACAAUGAAUUAUUAUGGUUGACUGCGGCAGAGGGGUUAGGUGCCCACCCUGUAACCAAAAGGUUGGAGGUUCGAACCCCGUCUGUCAUAGUUGUUCUCCUUAAUGCUGUUUGUGUUGUAACGUGCCAUGGGGGGUUGUAGAACCUUGGAAGGUGUUGUAUCAAAUACAGACCCUUUUAUUAUUUUCUCUGCCUAUUUUGGGUUCCAUGCUGUUCAUUGUAAUAAAAACACAGCUUUCUGCUUGACUUUAUUUAGAUUUAUUUAAAAAUUUUACCAGUGACUGAAUGUUUGGUUCAGCAACCAUAAUUUCAUUAAAACUAAUGAGUGCUUGUUCUAAUAUUUGAGAAACACAGAAAAAUGUGCGUUAAAUUUUAAUCCGCUCACAUGUUCCUGUUUACAAUCUCCAGUUCUUCUCUGUAGUCUGACAUCAGUUUUCCUGCUUCCUUAUCUUGAUUUCUCGUUUUUUGUUCCUUGUUUUUUUUUUUUACCUUUUUGAGUUUAUACGACCUGCCUCCUUAUACUUGUCAGAGCUGCUCACCCCCUACAUCCCCUUCUGGUCACUAAGGUCGGCUGACCAUCUACUGCUCAAAGUCCCUAAAAUGAAGUAUAAAGCUUGUGGGGAGCGUGCGUUUGCCUUUGCUGCUCCCAGACUCUGGAGCGCACUCCCUCUGGUGGUACGCCAGGCUUCCUCACUGGCCCAGUUUAAAUCCAGCCUAAAGACAUUUCUUUAAUUUAGCUUUUGGCCAAUGAUCGUUCUUGUAUGCUGUGCUUCUGUUCUGUUUUUUUUUUUGUUACUUCUGUUUUAACUGGCUGUUUAAAUUUUUGUUUUGAUUUUAGGUGUUUCUAUUUUAACGGUUUUUAAUUGUGUUUUAUGUAUAUGUAUGUGAAUUUGAAUGGCUUUUUAGGUUUAACUCUGUGCAGUGCUUUGGUCAGCUGACAUGCUGUUUUUAAAUGCGCUAUAGAAAUAAAAUUGGAUUGGAUUCCUGUUCCUCCACCUGAA